AUGGGCAUCGUGUUCACGCGGCUCUUCUCGUCGGUCUUCGGCAACCGCGAGGCUCGCAUCCUCGUCCUCGGCCUGGACAAUGCCGGCAAGACCACCAUACUCUAUAGGCUGCAGAUGGGAGAGGUCGUCUCCACGAUCCCAACAAUCGGGUUCAACGUGGAGACGGUGCAGUACAACAACAUCAAGUUCCAAGUAUGGGAUCUCGGUGGUCAAACAAGCAUCAGGCCAUAUUGGCGGUGCUACUUUCCAAACACCCAGGCUAUCAUAUAUGUUGUUGAUUCAAGUGAUACAGAUAGGCUUGUAACAGCAAAAGAAGAAUUCCAUGCCAUCCUUGAGGAGGACGAGCUUAAAGGUGCAGUUGUCCUUGUAUAUGCAAAUAAGCAGGAUCUUCCAGGCGCACUCGAUGAUGCUGCCAUUACAGAGUCAUUAGAACUGCACAAGAUUAAGAGCCGCCAAUGGGCGAUUUUCAAAACAUCUGCAAUAAAAGGAGAGGGGCUCUUCGAAGGUUUGGACUGUCUCUGCUACCACUUUUACUUGAAGUACGGCAGAUGGAUCUUUACAGAACUGUUGCAAGAUGUCGCAAUGCAGGAAAAAGAUUUGCAUGUAGGCCCGGGCGUCCAGUCUGGCCAUAGCACGAUAGAUCGCACAAACCAGCUCCGCCUGAUGAGACAAAGAGGCCUGCGAAUUGACGUCAGCAGGGACGUCACCUGA